GGAGAGGGCGACAGUUCAACGGAAUCCGAAGAGAACGAUCGACCACGUCGAUCAAGACGAGGGCGAGACUGUAAACGCCUUGCUGUACAUGCAUGUCCCUAUGCUGGAUGCUUGAAAACGUAUUCCAAGAGCUCCCAUUUAAAAGCACAUGUGCGCACCCAUAGCGGUGAGAAGCCAUACUGUUGUUCAUGGGAAAGGAUGUGA